CAGAUGCAAGCAAGCGAGGAGAGCUAGAAGAAUCAAAACGUGAAGCGUAACCCAAACAGACAGUACUCCUCUUCCAAGCCGACAUCCAACCUAUCAUUUUCUGAUCAUCUGAACCUUGUAUCUAUCUGAACCUCAACAAAGUACUGUAUUUCUUUUUGGGAUCACGAUGUCGAUGUUGGUACCUCCCUGGCUUGAAUCAUUAUUGUCAACAGAGUUCUUCUCCUUUUGCGCCACUCACAAGGAUGCAUAUCCCUCGCGUAGCGAAUGCAACAUGUUCUGCCUUGAUUGUCACGAUGAUUCCUUCUGCUUCUAUUGCCGAUCAACCCAACACAAAGAUCACCGAGUUAUUCAAAUUAGACGAUCAUCGUAUCAUGAUGUUGUUCGGUUAGCCGAGAUUGAGAAGGUUUUGGAUAUAAGGGGAGUUCAGACUUAUGUGAUAAACAGUGCCAAAGUUCUCUUCCUCAAUGAGAGACCUCAGCCUAAGAUUAUUAAUAAUAUUACCGGUAAAGGAAGUACUCCUUCUCUGUGUGAAGUCUGUAGCAGAAGUCUGUUGGACCAGGCCUGCUGCUUUUGUUCUUUGGGAUGCAAGCUUGCAGGAAUGAAAAAGAAUGGAGAUUUGAGGUUUGUGAUCUUAAGCAAGAAACCUGAUCAUGAAAUCACGGGAAGAAGGGAAAGAAUGUCAAUUAAUAGAAGAUUGCCAGUAAAGGAAGAUGAUCAAGAUCAACAAUUGCGUGAAAGCAAUAUCCAACAAAACAAAGUAAAGUACCAGAGCGAGCCUUCACAACCUCAUAAUAAUUCCAAUUCAAGAAGAAGAAAGGGCAUUCCUCGAAGGGCACCUUUAGGGCCCUAAUCUACCCCACAAAACUUGCAUGCAAAUGAUCACGAUCCAGCUCAUGAUUAUUCUGAUCACAAGUCCGACCACGUGGGUUUAUUUUCCUAAAGGGUAAGCUGUCCAAACGACGGUGGGUUUGAAAACAAAGGUUAGGUUUAGGUACCGUUACUUUCGGGGAUGGGCUAACUAGCUGGCUUUGCAAAUUAACAGUAUUUGCAGUACAAUUAUUAAUGCUUGAAACAUGCAAAGUUAAUGUAAAUAUUGUUAUCUACAAACUUAGGAUUCUCGUAA